CAAAGGAGCACGUAGGUUAUCGCAAACAAUUUCAAACGAUUCUAACUUGAAUUAUGAAUAUUUUCUGAUCAUGAACAUGGGUGUAUCUUUUAGAUCCAUUCAUUAUCUUCAAGAAAAGUAUAUAUAAUGAUAAUUUAGUUAAUCAGACCUAAGUGAUAUUGAAGGGGCAAUGGACCAAUCAACAUACUUUUUCAAAAAUGUUGACCUAAUUUUCACCAAAAAUGCAACCUAUUAUUAUAUUGUUGAAUGCAUAAUUAGAAUGUGCUUUGAGACAUGUUCGAUAUCCUAAAAGGAAAAUUUGAUUGCUCCAGGGACUUUAAAGAUAUUCAAUUUGGAUGACCAAAAUGAACUGAAACCAAUGGAUAGCAUGAGAUUUUUCAAUGGAGAAAUAACAUGGGGAACUCUUAUCUUAAUGCAAUUAAGUUUUUCUUUCAAGAACUAUUUGAUACAUCAAAAUAAAGAAUAGUAAUGCAUUAAACAUUGUAAAAUAUGAUUGCAUUUUUGGUGAAAAUGGGGUCAACAUCUUCAAAAUGGGGUAAAAAGUGUGUUGAUGGGUUAAUUGCUAGUUAAAUAUCUCCGAGUUUGUUUGAAUUUAUUAUUACUGUGCAUAAUUUUCAUUGAGAUAAUGAAUUGAUCUAAAAGAUAAACUUGUCUUCAUUGUCAGAAAAUAGUGUCGGACCUGGCCAGAUUCUGGUAGUGUGGUUGUGGUCGGGUCACGAACAAUUUAUUUAAUAUGGGAUUCUCACUGGUUUUAUGUGGGUGCAGACCUGGUUUGGUGGUACUGCUUUCACUGAAAGGGGAGGUGGUUACACAUUUAUAUACAAAAUUCAAAUAUAUAGGUUUUUUAUAAUUUAUUAACGCUAUGAUUAAACAAAUAAAACACAAGUGUCCAUAUAAUAAUCAAAUGUAAGUUGUGUUGUUGCUCUUCUCUCGUUGUUCUCUACUCGACUUUACUCUCUAUUCUGUUUUGGUUUCGUCUCUGCUAUUUGCUGUGCUUUAUGUUCGACUCUGUUUGUUCUGCUUCCUCUUGACUCUGUUUUGCUUUACUCUAUUCUGCUCUGCUCACUCUUUAUUCCUUUCUGCUCUGCUUACUCUUUACUCCUUUCCGCUGUGCUAUGCUUACUCUUUACUCCUAUCUUCCCUACUUCUUCAGAAUUCUGCUCUGCUUACUCUUUACUCCUAUCUGUUCUGCUCGGCUUACUCUUUACUCCUAUCUGUUCUGCUCUGUUUACUCUUUUUACUCCUAUCUGCUCUGCUCUGCUUACUCUUUACUCCUAUCUGUCCUGCUUACUCAGGAUUCUGUUCUGCUUACUCUUUACUCCUAUCUGCUCUGCUCUGCUUACUCUUUACUCCUAUCUGUCCUGCUUACUCAGGAUUCUGCUCUGCUUACUCUUUACUCCUAUCUGCCCUGCUCUGCUUACUCUUUACUCCUACCUGCCCUGCUUACUCAGGAUUCUGCUCUGGUUACUCUCUACUCCUAUCUGCUCUGCUCUGUUUACUCUUUACUCCUAUCUGCUCUGCUUACUCAGAUUCUGCUCUGGUUACUCUUUACUCCUAUCUGCUCUGCUUACUCUUUACUCCUAUCUUCUCUGCUCUGGUUACUCUUUACUCCUAUCUGCUCUGCUCUGCUUUACUCUGUUCUGCUCUGGUUACUCUUUAUUCCGCUCUGCUCUGCUUUACUCUGUUCUGCUCUGGUUACUCUUUAUUCCGCUCUGCUCUGCUUUACUCUGUUCUACUCUUCUUCAGCCUGGGUUACUCUUCUUUACUCUUCGCCGCUCUGCUCUACUCAGGGUUACUCUUCUCCAGCCUGGGUUACUCUUCUUUACUCUUCGCCGCUCUGCUCUACUCAGGGUUACUCUUCUCCAGCCUGGGUUACUCUUCUUUACUCUUCGCCGCUCUGCUCUACUCAGGGUUACUCUUCUUCAGCCUGGGUUACUCUUCUUUACCCUUCGCCGCUCUGCUCUACUCAGGGUUACUCUUCUUCAGCCUGGGUUACUCUUCUUUACUCUUCGCUGCUCUGCUCUACUCAGGGUUACUCUUCUUCAGCCUGGGUUACUCUUCUUUACUCCCGACCACGGUUCUUUACUCCUCGUUCUCACAGAUUACUCUUAGCUUACUCUCUGGUAGUUCUGCUUAGAGUAACAAGUACUCUGAGCUCACUGGUAGAUACCGUAAGGCCAAGGAGUAAACGUGAUUUAGUCGUCUGUCAUCUGCUAAGGUUUUGCUCCCG